AUGAUGACUGAUGUACGGUCUCCAGCUGAUAGUCCCUCAAGACAUAUUACUGUUGUUGAUGUCUACGAUUUGGCUGCUUCAAUCGGUAAAGAUUUUGAACGAAUCAUUGAUGAGUUUGGCAAUGAUAGCGUGCGACAAAUUAUGCCAAAGGUAAUAUCAGCUCUCGAAACACUCGAAUCACUUGCUAAUCAUAACGAAAAAGAAAAUGAAGAAAUUCUGAUGUUGAAAAAAACAGUUGAAAGGUUGGAGAAUGAGAAACAAAUGAAACAGCAAGAUCGAAUCAAAUUUGAAUUGGAAUUAGAAGCAGUAGAAGAGAAUUAUCGAAAAGAAAUUGAUGAUUUAUGGUCGAUGGUAAAGAAUUUGCAAUUGGAAAACAAGCAUUUAUCAUCAGUAACUGGAGAUGAUGCUUCAGCAUUUACUUCUAUGACAACUCGUGAUGAAGAUCUAAAAAUGCUGUUAGAACUACGUGAACUCUCUACUAAACAAAAAGAGGAAAUAAAAGAUUUGCAAAAAGAUAUCAGUACUUAUAAUUGUGAAGUAGAAAAUCUGCAUAACAAUGUUGAAAAACUGAUUCGUCAAAAUGAAGAACUCUUACGGAAGAAUGCAUCGUUGCAAAAACAGGGAAGGUUGUUGGUAGAAGAAAAAAGUGAAAUUAUUAAAAGAUUGCAGUUGACUGAAGAAGCUAAUAUUAAACUAACGAAAUUAUUCAAAGAUGCUACUCGUCAGUGCAAAGAUUUGCAACAGUGUCAAGUGGAUGACAAUGAUAAUGCUCCUAGAUUCACUUUGUCAGAGUUACGUGAAGUACUACAAGAGAAGAAUUUGCUGAAAGGCAAAGUUUUGGAAUUGGAAGAGGAACUUGAACAGCUGCGACCCUUACGCAGACGAGAAUCUGUUGCAAGUGACUCCAGUAGAGAAUUUGAUAGAUCUGCUCAAACAGAAGAAUAUGUUGUUUAUGGACCAAUCAACAAGGAGCCUGAAGAAAAAUUAUACCCAUGGAAAUAUGAACGAAAAGAAAGCGGCGUGCGAAAGUUUUUCCGAUUUUUCUUCAAUAAAGAGAGCUUCAGUAGCGGUGGUUAUAGCCCUGUGCAUGCCUCCAGCAGUCCAAUACCAUCAAUGCGCUCGAUGCCAUCGUUUUCCGGUCAAGCAACUUAG